AUGCCAGGUGCAAAGAAAGGACCUAUGGCCACGGCCGGACCACGCAGAGAUGUGUUGGCCUCGCUGCGCAUGGCAUCAAUGGAAGACAUCUCCAGAGCUGCUCUUCCAGCAGAAAUCGUAUCCUCGAUUCUCGACUACCUCGGUCCCGUUGAUUUGAUCCGAGCAGCACGGUCCUGCAAGCUUAUGCACGAGAUGGCGUAUGAUGACACUCGAUGGGUACACAAGUUGAAGCGGAUCGGAUGCUGGGACGAAGUGGAUGCCAGAAAGCAUGCCGAGCUUCUCUUUGGAACGGUUGCCAAUAUGGAAGCCGUCCAUCAGCAAGAGGAGACCGAGACGGGCGAUGGAUCCGUUCCUGCAAUCACAAUUGGCAACAACCCUUCCCAUGAACUGAAUGAUAUCUCCGAUGGAUUCGAUAAGAUAGAGUUGGUGAAUACGACAACGCAAUCAAGUAUGUUGGAGGAGCUCAGCACCGACCCUGCCUUGGUGGUGUUGAAGCAAGCAAGGUCAAUACGAGGCGAGGCUCGCCAGGAAUAUGGGAAGAUCCAUGCUGCACUGGCACCUUUCUACGAGGACAUUGCUCGAACCGGACCGUCGGAUGCGAAUCUCGUCUUCACAAAAUACAAAGACCCCCAGGACCAAGCGCAAAUACUGGCACAACUGCUCUCGUUCUCUAAAUCUGAUUUGACACCUGGAUGGGACGAGCGACUCGAACGCUUACAGGGUGCAGUGUCUAUGUUUGAGACUGCUGCAUUGAAAGAGUUCCGCCAAGGAUAUGAAUCUGACGAUGUCGACGGAAAUAUGCGCAGAUACGCCCAUAUCCUGUGGACACUCAAUGGUGGACAAUCUGCCGUGGACCUUUUCAUUCACCACAACCACUUAAUGACCCAGAAGUCUGACCUCGGAAACGUUGCUGAUUGCAUAGACUUAGUAACUAGCACGGUUAAAAUGGAGCAGACCCAAGCGUUCUUCACACGUCUCAGUGUGGCUUUCAACGAUGAGAUCUCCAUCAUGAACCGCGUCUUCCCCCCGGCCUUGGAGGUAUCAUCCGCUUUCAUGGAGAAAGUCGGUCAGGAUGUUCUGUCUCCCUUUCUCACCGCAAUAUUCGAUGAGUUACAUCGCAUCAGCGUCGAGUCAUAUCUCACCGCAAUCUCUGCGACUUUUGUGCAAUGCAUGAACCUUUCGGAAUCUUUACUUCCCAUAAAAAGCUCGGAUGCCAAAUUUGACGAGUAUCUGGAUAAUGUUGUGAUCAAGAUUUACGAACCACACAUCGAUCUCUAUUUGGCAGAAGAGUUGGCUCAUUUCAAAAAAACUUGCGAAGCCACAGUAAGUGAGUGGGACCGGCAAUUAUCCGAGCAAGCGGCAUCAACGGAAUCCUUCUUGAUGUCAAAUAUCAAUCGACAAGCCGAUAAACGAGACUUCCUCACGUCGUUCAAAAAGGUAAUCAUGAUGCCCGUGAACAUAUUGCCGAGUUUUUCAAGUGCAAAAACAGAGGAAAGCAAAGAGGAAACAGAGACAAACAGCGACAACCCGUUGCAACCUCCCAUAAAUCCCAAUCGGUUCUCAACGCUAUCAUCACCUGCCCCAGUGACUGUCGAGGAAGUCCCAACCACCGAGCUAGCAGCAAAAGCAGCCAUAAUGAAGACUAAGAUGGAGGGUAUCCGCUCCCUAUUCAGUAUUGAAAUUGCCCUUGGUCUCGUCCACGCCGCCAAAUCCAGCCUGGAGAGAGCAGCUCAAUUCGUACGGCUUGGCGGCGAGCACGGGCGUGCAGCCAAGCAACAGUGCGAGGCGAUCUUCGUAACAAUGCUUCGCAUUUUGGGACACCAGCACGUCAUCGUUGGCUUUGACAAAGCCGUUAGCCAUCUCUCCAAUUACCGACCGCGCGAACAAGGUGAACGCGACCAAUCUGGUGUCGAGCCGUUGGUCACUUUCCUGGAACUGGUCAAUGUCGGCGAUCUCAUUUUGCAAAUGAUGGAUGUCUUUUACGAACAAGAAUUGAUCGGCACACGUUUGACCGAUAGAAAUGACUUUUUGGACCCUGCAAAUAAAGAGAAGAAACGGUUCGAGCAGAUGCUCGAUGAACGUGUCGCUGCAGGUCUGAAUAAGGGAAUCGACGUCCUCAUGGAAGAAGUGGAUUACAUCCUGGCAACCCGCCAGCUAGCCACAGACUUCAACCCGGGUGUUUCCUCAGACCCCCACCGACACACCAUGGACGUAGGCGUCAGCGAAGUCGCCGCCGCUGUUGUCGACGUGGUCUCCUCGCACACACAGAUGCUAGUAGGGAGUACAGACAAGAGUACCCUCGACGUCUUCAACCAAGAGGUUGGUCUCCGCCUCUUCACAGCUCUAUGCAAACAUCUCAAGCGACAGCGCGUGAGCGUAGAGGGCUCACUCAAGCUGAUCAGCGACAUGAACCAUUACUUCAAAUAUAUCCAAACUCUGCGCAACAACGAGCUUCUUUUAUACUUUACAGCGUUCCGCGAGCUCGUGCAGAUAUACCUAGUUGACCCGUCCGACGCCAAGGAACUGGCAAACCUCAUCGCCGAUGCAGAUCGCUUCCAUGGCAUCUGGCGUGUCGAGGAAGUUGUUGAAUUUGCCGAGCGCCGCGCUGACUGGUACCAGGUUAAGCGGGACGUGGAACGUGCUAUGUAUGGCAUUGGCUGCAAUGUCAUGUAA